UUCUGCUUUACCUUUUCUUCUCACUCUGGGGUUCUUGUUCUCACCCCUCCUCCCCUAUUACCUACACACUACUCUUAGAACCAUGACUUUCUGUCUACAGUCAGCCAGUACUGUUUUCUUCUGGAUUUGCAACACCUCUUUUUCCCACAGGUGACAGUGCUGACCACAAUGCUGUCAGGAAGAUGGUGGCCAAGUACCUGGGGUGGUCUAGGGCUAGGGCCCCGAAACUCCUCUCGAGGAUCCCAGAUCUGUGCCCUCUAUGCCUUUACUUACACUGGGGCAGAUGGCCGGCAAGUAUCACUGGCUGAAGGUGACAGGUUUCUACUGCUUCGAAAAACCAACUCGGACUGGUGGUUGGCAAGGCGCCUGGGAGCCCCCUCCAGCUCUCGACCCAUCUUUGUUCCAGCUGCCUACAUGACAGAAGAAUCUAUCCCCUCCCAGAGCCCAACUAUCAUUACCCCCAACCAAUCCCUCUGGACUCCUGAGUCAAAGUUGUUUCAUGGCUCUCUGGAGGAGUUGCACCUGUCUCAAUCACCCCAGGCUACAUCUGAGCUGCCUCCUCCUCUUCCACCCAAAAUGUGUAGAAGUGUCAGUGUUGCUAAUUUGAGGCGGAGCCUCUUGAAGCCCCUCCAGGAAGGGCCAAGUGGAAGAUCCCUCUCACUGGAAGACUUGCUGACAGAGGCCAGUCCCAACAUGGUAGAACCCCAGCCCCUCAUGUCACAGGCCCCUGUAUAUUGUAACCUGGUGGACCUUCGUCGCUGUCCUCGGUCCCCGCCCCCAGACCCUGCAUGCCCCCCACUGCAGAGGCUGGAUGCCUGGGAACAGCACCUGGACCCCGACUCUGGACGCUGCUUCUAUAUAAAUUCGCUGACUGGCUGCAAGUCCUGGAAGCCUCCACGCCUAAGUCGCCCUCAAGUUAUGAAUCCUGGCUCCAUGGAGGGAACACAGACCUUGAAUAGGGACAAUGGUGUCCUGCAACCUCAGGCAAAGGGCUCAGUGUCUGACACAGGGACCCUGGAAUGGCUUGACCCUCAGAGUCCGCUCCACCUGAGCCAACGUAUCUCCCAGCUUGACCCUGCAGAACAGGCCCCAGCCUCACAACCCCCUCGAGCUUUGCCUCAACUCCUGGACGACCCCCAUGAAGUGGAAAAGUCGGGCCUGCUCAAUAUGACCAAGAUCGCCCAAGGGGGACGCAAGCUCAGGAAGAACUGGGGCCCGUCUUGGGUGGUGUUAGCCGGUAACAGCCUGGUGUUCUACCGAGAGCCGCCGCUGCCAACUGUGCCCUCCCCAGGUUGGGCGCCAGCAGGUAGCCGCCCCGAAAGUAGCGUGGACCUGCGGGGGGCGGCCCUGGCGCAUGGCCGCCACCUGUCCAGCCGCCGAAACGUCCUGCAUAUCCGCACGGUCCCCGGCCACGAGUUUCUGCUGCAGUCAGACCAGGAGACCGAGCUGCGAGCCUGGCAUCGGGCUCUUCGGGCGGUCAUCGAGCGACUGGACCGGGAGAACCCCCUGGAGCUGCGUCUGUCGGGCUCAGGACCCGCAGAGCUGGGGGAGCUGAGCGCCGGGGAGGAUGAGGAAGAGGAAUCAGAACCGGUUUCCAAGUCACUGCUGAGGCUCAGCGGCCGCCGGAGUUCCAGUCGGUGUCCCGAAGGCACCGAGCAGAACCGCGUGCGCAGCAAGCUAAAGCGGCUUAUCGCCAAGAGACCGCCCUUGCAAAGCCUUCAGGAGCGGGGUCUACUCCGAGACCAGGUGUUUGGAUGCCAGUUGGAAUCACUGUGCCAGCGGGAAGGGGACACAGUGCCAAACUUUGUGCGACUCUGCAUUGCUGCUGUGGAUAAAAGAGGUCUAGAUGUAGAUGGCAUUUACCGGGUGAGUGGGAACUUGGCUGUGGUGCAGAAACUUCGCUUUCUGGUGGACAGAGAGCGGGCAGUCACCUCUGAUGGGAGGUAUAUGUUCCCAGAACAUCCAGGACAAGAAGGCCGAUUAGAUUUGGACAGUGCUGAAUGGGAUGACAUUCAUGUGGUCACUGGAGCCCUGAAACUUUUUCUCCGGGAACUGCCCCAGCCUCUGGUACCCCCAUCACUGCUGCCUCAUUUUCGUGCUGCCCUUGCACUCUCUGAAUCAGAGCAACGCCUGUCUCAAAUACAAGAAUUAAUAGACUCCAUGCCAAAGCCCAAUCAUGACACUCUGCAGUACCUCCUGGAACAUUUAUGUAGGGUGAUAGCACACUCAGAUAAGAACCGCAUGACGCCCCACAACUUGGGAAUUGUGUUUGGACCAACCCUGUUUCGGCCAGAGCAGGAGACAUCGGACCUGGCGGCCCAUGCCCUCUACCCUGGGCAGCUGGUCCAACUGAUGCUCACCAACUUUGCCAGUCUCUUCCCCUGACUCAAGCAAGGAAGAAGAAACUAUUCCCUAUGAUCUAUCAGGUGGAGUGGGGUGCUCUGUUUUGCAGAUAUCUUUUCAUAAAUUGUCCUCCAAAGGAUACUCUCCACCUUCCUGAGUCUGACCCAAGGGGUUGGGAUUGCGUAAGGGAACUCUCUGAAGAGGAAAGUGGGAAGGUGAACUCCCAUUUCUUUUUGUUCAUCUUCCCAAUAUAAUACAUAAAACAAUUCUUUCUGAUG